CACAUACAUAUGCAAAUGGCUUCUCAUAAACUUUCUUCUCUUGUAUUCUUCCUGUUCUUCGGAAUAGGAAUUUGUUCUGCAGCGAGACGUUUGUCAAGUUCUUAUGAAGGAUAUGGUUCUUCAAGUGGUCAUGGUUAUAGUAGCUAUGCUUCCGUAGGAGAAUAUGGUGUUGAAAAUUAUGGCAAUGGAUAUGGAAAAGAUGGUGCAUAUGGAGGAAAAUACGGGGAAUACAAUGGAGGAAAGUACGGGGGAUAUGACGGGGGAAAACACGAGAGAUAUGAUAGUGGAAACUACGGGGGAUACAGCGGAGGUAGACACGAAGGAUACGAUGGAGAAAAUUAUGGGGGAUACGGCGGAGGUAAACACGAAGAAUACGGUGGGGGUAAACACAAGGGAUACGAUGGAGGAAACUAUGGGGGAUACGGCUUCGGUAAACACGAGGAAUACGACAAAGAUAAACACGAGGGAUACAAUGGAGGAAACUAUGGGGGAUACGGCGGAGGUAAGUAUGAGGAAUACGACAGAGGAAACUAUGGGGGAUUUGGUGGAGGUAGGCAUGAGGAAUACGACAGAGGUAAACACGAGGAAUACGACAAAGGUAAACACGAGGAAUACGACAAAGAUAAACACGAGGGAUACGAUAGAGGAAACUAUAGGGGAUAUGACGGAGGUAAGCAUGAGGAAUACGGCAGAGGUAAACACGAGGGGUACGAUGGAGGAAACUAUGGGGGAUAUGGUGGAGGUAAGCAUGAUGAAUAUGAUAGAGGUAAACACGAGGAAUACGACAAAGGUAAACAUGAGGGAUAUGAAGGAGGAAACUACGGGGGAUACGGCGGAGGUAAACACGAGGAAUAUAGUGGAGGAAACUACGGGGGAUACGACGGAGGUAAACACGAGGAAUACGAUAAAGAUAAACACGAGGGAUACAAUGGAGGGAACUAUGGGGGAUAUGACGGAGGAAACUAUGGGGGAUACGACGGAAGUAAACAUGAGGAAUACGACAAAGAUAAACACGAGGGAUACGAUGGAGGAAACUAUGGGGGAUACAGUGGAGGUAAACACGAGGAAUACGACAAAGAUAAACACGAGGGAUACGAUGGAGGAAAGUAUGGGGGAUACGGCGGAAGUAAACACGAGGAAUACGACAAAGAUAAACACGAGGGAUACGAUGGAGGAAACUAUGGGGGAUACAGUGGAGGAAACUAUGGGGGAUACAGCAGAAGUAAACACGAGGAAUACGACAAAGAUAAACACGAGGGAUACGAUGGAGGAAACUAUGGGGGAUACAGUGGAGGUAAACACGAGGAAUACAACAAAGAUAAACACGAUGGAUACGAUGGAGGAAAGUAUGGGGGAUACAGCGGAGGUAAACACGAGGAAUAUGACAAAGAUAAACACGAGGUAUACGAUGGAGGAAAGUAUGGGGGAUACAGUGGAGGUAAACACGAGGAAUACGAAAAAGAUAAACACGAGGGAUACGAUGGAGGAAACUAUGGGGGAUACAAUGGAGGAAAGUAUGAGGAAUACGACAAAGAUAAACACGAGGGAUACGAUGGAGGAAACUAUGGGGGAUACAGUGGAGGUAAACACGAGGAAUACGACAAAGAUAAACACGAGGGAUACGAUGGAGGAAAGUAUGGGGGAUACGGCGGAAGUAAACACGAGGAAUACGACAAAGAUAAACACGAGGGAUACGAUGGAGGAAACUAUGGGGGAUACAGAAGUAAGCAUGAGGAAUACGAUCGAGGUAAACACGAGGGAUAUGAUGGAGUUAACCAUGGAGGAUACGGUGGAGGAAACUAUGGAGGAUACGGUGGAGGAAAGCAUGAGGAAUACGGCAGAGGAUAUUAUGGAGGUAAGCAUGAGCAAUACGACGGAGGUAAACACGAGGAAUACGGCAGAGAUAAACACAAGGGAUACGAUGGAGGAAACUACGGGGGAUAUGACGGAGGUAAGCAUGAGGAAUACAGUGGAGGAAACUACGGAGGAUACGAUGGAGGUAAGCACGAGGGAUAUGAUGGUGGAAACUAUGGGGGAUACGGCGGAGGUAAACACGAUGGAUAUUAUGGAGGAAACUAUGGAGGAUACGGUGGAAGUAAACACGAGGGAUACGAUGGAAGAAACUAUGGGGGAUACGGCGGAGGAAACUAUGGGGGAUACGGCGGAUAUAAGCACGAAGAAUACGAUGGAGGUAAACACGAGGAAUAUGACAAAUAUAAACAUGACGGAUACGAUGGAAGAAACUAUGAGGGAUACGGUGGAGGUAAGCGCGAGGAAUAUGGCAAAGAUAAAUGCCACGGAUACGAUGGAAGAAACUACGAAGGAUACAGCGGAGGUAAGCGCGAGGAAUAUGGCAAAGAUAAACGCGACGGAUACGAUGGAAGAAACUACGAGGGAUACAGCGGAGGUAAGCGCGAGGAAUAUGGCAAAGAUAAACGCGACGGAUACGAUGGAAGAAACUACGAGGGAUACGGCGGAGGUAAGCGCGAGGAAUAUGGCAAAGAUAAACGCGAUGGAUACGAUGGAAGAAACUACGAGGGAUAUGGCGGAGGUAAGCGCGAGGAAUAUGGCAAAGAUAAACGCGACGGAUACGAUGGAAGAAACUACGAGGGAUACGGCGGAGGUAAGCGCGAGGAAUAUGGAAAAGAUAAACGCGAUGGAUACGAUGGAAGAAACUAUGAGGGAUACGGCGGAGGUAAGUACGAGGAAUAUGGAAAAGAUAAACGCGACGGAUACGAUGGAAGAAAUUAUGAGGGAUACGACGGAGGUAAGCGCGAGGAUUACGGCAAAGAUAAACACGAGGGAUACGAUGGAAGAAACUAUGGGGGAUACGGCGGAGGAAACUAUGGGGGAUACGGCGGAUAUAAGCACGAAGAAUACGAUGGAGGUAAACACGAGGAAUAUGACAAAUAUAAACAUGACGGAUACGAUGGAAGAAGCUAUGGGGGAUAUGACGGAGGUAAGCAUGAGGAGUACGGCGAACACGGCUAUGGCCACAGUGGGUAUGCACCAUGAGAAACACAUUUUCAGUACUACCAUAUGAACAUAUAGUAAAUAAUAUCAUGAAGGAAUAAAAAGGAGCAUCCAUGUUCAAAAUAAAAUAAAUAAUAAAGAUGGGGAAUGGUUACAAUAUUGUGAUGUUCAAAUGUGAGCUCUUCUUGUAGUUUCUCUUGGAAUAAAUAAAUAAGAGCUUUUUUUUAAUCUUA